GGAGCCUCGACGGCGAACGACAGCAGUCUUCAGUCGUUGGAAUACAUUCGGGCGUUAAGGACACAAGCGACGCGUUCAGGCACAACGAAAAAAAUUACACCGUGCACGUGGUCACAGUUCUAGCUUCAGUUUCCCUUCCGUUCUCUAUCCGGUGUGUCUGUCUUUGUGUGUGCCUGUGCGUGCUUACGUGUGUGCGUGGGUGCCAUUAUCCGCGUGUGUGUGUCUGCGAGCGGCAAACGAAGCAGAAAUCAACACAAGAAGUAAAUGUUAAAAAGAAACUUAAAUUUAUGUAGAAAGCACCACAAACAAAUCAUAUUAGAAUAAUAAUAAACGCAGCCAUGUGGCGAUUUUAAAUAUAAAUGAAACCCCAAAAAUUCCAAAAAGAAAAAAUUAUGAAAUUUCAACGCAAAGAAAACAAAGCAAACAAAAGCGGUGGAAAAACCUGGAACAAGUGAAAAUAAAAAUCAUCUUAUAAAUAAAAAUGAAAAGCGAUAUGAAAAUCAUUUAUUGUUACAAGAAAAUCUAUGUGAAAAUUCAACAAAAGGAGAGCGCAACGAAACGGUUUCCCCCAACAUCCAUAAUGUCUCUGUGUGCGUGAGUGUAUCAGUGUGCAAAAGGAAAUAACAAAACAUCAACAAUAAAAAGCAAAAGGAUACGCGAGCUUAGCAGCAAAAGGAUCUGCGGUACAAACACAAAUAAAAUUCAACAAAAAAAAAACAACCAUUACCCGCAGGACCUGCCCCCAAGGCCACCGAUUCUGUGACUUUCCCACAAGAUCAAAAUGCAAGCCGUUCAGCUGGAAAUUGGAGACCUCGUAGCCGAUAGAUAGUGUAAAUGAUCAGGAAGAAUUGCCUGCCAUCCAGAGCCACAUCGAAUUAGGGGAGAAGGUGGAGAACAGAAUUCAAUUAAAUUGCCCGAAAAAAAAAGCAAAAGCACUGCCACGAGGAUGGGGGAAAGCCAGCUGUUGCUUUUGCUGCGGCUACUGCUGCUGCCGGGCAUCCUUAUCGGUCUUAUCGGUCUUAUAGGCCUGCCCAAUGUCGAGGCCUCCACAUCGGACAUCUACAAGAAUGCCCGUCUGGGGCAUCGCAUAGUGCAGACACGAUAUGGUCGACUGCAUGGCCUGAUACUGCCACUGGAUAGCUUUCGAUUUCUGCGAUCUGUGGAGGUGUUCCUCGGAGUGCCAUAUGCCACGCCACCCACCAAGCAAAAUCGAUUCAGUCCCACGCGUGCACCGGCGCCCUGGGAUGGCAUUCGCAUCUCGGAUAAGUACAGUCCCGUCUGUCCGCAGCGUUUGCCCAAUAUACAGAACGAGACGGCGGCGCUGGAGAAGAUGCCCAAGGGCCGUCUGGAGUACUUGAGGAGAUUGCUGCCGUUUCUGGAGAACCAGUCCGAGGAUUGCCUCUACCUGAAUGUCUUUUCCCCGGUGAAUGCUGGUGCCAAUGAGAAAAAGCUACCCGUAAUGGUGUUCAUACAUGGCGAGUCCUUCGAAUGGAGCAGCGGCAAUCCCUAUGACGGCAGUAUCCUUGCCAGCUACGGCGAAGUGGUGGUGGUAACACUUAACUACCGACUGGGAAUACUAGGCUUCCUCAAUGCCAAUCCCAAUCCGCAUGCCCAUGCCAGGGUCGCCAACUAUGGGCUAAUGGAUCAAAUGGCAGCCCUCCAUUGGAUCCAGCAGAAUAUACAGAAAUUUGGUGGCGAUCCGAAUGCCGUAACCCUGGCAGGACACGGCACAGGGGCGGCCUGCAUUAACUAUCUGAUGACAUCGCCGACGAUGGUGCGAGGGCUCUUCCAUCGGGCCAUCCUCAUGUCGGGCUCGGCCUACUCUUCAUGGGCCUUGGUCGAGGAUCCCGUGCUGUUUGCCAUCAAGCUGGCCAAGGAAGUGAAUUGCACAAUACCCGAGGACCUGAAUCGACAUCAUGAGCAAAUAGUCGACUGUCUGAGAGAUGUGCCGCUGGAGGAUCUCUACAGUGCGGAUAUACAGGCUCCCAACUUUCUGACAUCCUUUGGACCAUCGGUUGAUGGCGUUGUCAUACGACCCGGACAUUCCAAUCUCGAUAUCGAUGAUUUAAUGGCCCGCAACUCGAAGCGUUCAUCGGCGGACUUUGGCUUCCAGACAUCCCCGGGCGGCGGGAACGGUGGGUCUGGCGGUGGCGGUGGCAGUGGCGCGUCGUUCAGUGGCGGCUACUUUGGCGGUGGCGCCUCUGGCACAGCAAAUAUGGGCGGUCACUAUGAUGUCCUGUUUGGCGUCGUCACAGGCGAAUCGAUUUGGCGCUUCAGUGCCCAUGAUAUACAAAAUGGUUUCGAGGGCGAGCGACGAGAUAAAAUUAUCCGCACUUAUGUCCGCAAUGCAUACAAUUAUCACCUUAAUGAGAUAUUCUAUACGAUCGUCAACGAGUAUACGGAUUGGGAUCGCACCUCCCAGCAUCCGAUCAACACACGGGACACGGCUGUGGCAGCUCUGUCGGAUGCCCAGUUUGUGGCACCGAUUGUCCGAACGGGCGACAUCCUGGCCUCGCAAUCCCCACCGCCAGUAAGCUCCUCAUCGCCGGCAAGCUCCUCGGGUGGCGGAAAUCCAGCUGCCUCGACCUCGGCGGGCACACAGUCCAUACAGCCCGCAGGACGAUGCUACUUCUAUGUGUUCGACUAUCAGACCAAGGACGGUGAUUAUCCCCAGCGCAUGGGGACGGUGCAUGGCGAGGAUUUGCCCUACAUCUUUGGGGCACCGCUGGUGGAUGGCUUUAGCCACUUUCCACAAAACUACACAAAGUCGGAGACCGCCCUGUCCGAGGCUGUGAUGAUAUUUUGGAGCAACUUUGCACGCACCGGGAAUCCGAAUGAACACCACCGCCAGGACUCGUCGCUGCCUGUUUCAAAGGAGCGUAAUCGCUUUCGCAGCAUCACCUGGGAAAAUUAUGAUCCGCUGCACCAGAAGUAUUUGGAAAUAGGAAUGAAGCCGCGUAUUAAGAAUCACUUUCGGGCCCAUCAACUCUCCAUUUGGUUGCGUCUUAUACCGGAGCUACAUCGCGCUGGCAUGGAGGAUGUGAUAGCUAGACACAAUCUGUUCCGAAAUCACGAUGAUAUGGACCUGUACGAGGGACCUGUUAAGCCGGAUCCAUUCGGUAUAUCAACAGCCACAUCCUCAUCAUCCUCGGGGUCGUCGUCGUCGCGCCUCCUGCUUGUCGAUGAGCAAUUGAUGAUGAAGAAGGGACGCGGCCUGAAUGCCUCAGCCUAUUUGAAUGGCAUAUUGGGUGUGACCACCGUGGAGCCGAACAAUAUGUAUACGACCUGUAUACCAAUUGGAGGAAAUUAUACGAACGGCGGUGGCGGUGGCGUGUUUGCACCGACAACACUGGCGAAUGCCUCGUCGGACACUUUGGCCUCGGGCUUCGAGGCCGCCGGCUAUGCGGCCUAUUCGACGGCACUGAGCGUUACCAUUGCCAUUGGCUGCAGUCUCCUGAUACUCAACGUUCUCAUCUUUGCGGGUGUGUAUUAUCAGCGGGACAAGACGCGGCUGGAGGUGAAGACAUUGCAGAAGCAGUACCAGCAGAGGAGCAUGCACCAGCAGGUGCCGUAUCCCCCGGAGCCCAUCAAGCACGCCCACUACCACAUGGGGCACUCGCAGAGCUCCGCGAAUGUCAUUGUGGAUGUGGAGAGUCAUCCGGACUCACAGGCGGGACAGCAGGCAGCCAUGAUGCUGCAAGCGGCCGCUGCGGCGGCAGCAGCUGCUGCAAAUGAGGCAAAGCCACCGCCUCCUCAUAUCUGCUCGAACACGGGCAUGCAACAGCAGCAGCAGCAGCAGCAGGGAGACCGCAGCAAUGGUCCAAUCGAGAGCUCAAAGGUGGCCACAGAUGGCAUGGGUAAUGUCACCUACAGCACCAGCUCUAAGCAACAGCAACAUCAGCAGCAACAACAACAGCAGCAGCAGCAGCGGGAACAUAUGCAAAUCAAGGGCGGGGGCACGCAAACCUUUGGCAGGGGCACCUCGAACGCAGCCAAUGGAGGAGCUGGUGGCGGCGGCGGCAGUGGUGCAGGAUCUGGAACGGCCUCCGUUGUCGUGUCCGGCAAUAGCGUCAGCUACAAUCCCGGCAUGAUGACGCUCCCCAAAUCGGGAACCUUGCAUCAUGCGGCAACACUGAAUUAUGCGCGAAACGCCUUAAAUCUGGCGGGUGGCGGCACUGCCCUAGUGGAUAGCCGUGGCAAUGUGCUGCUCACCAGCGUGGCACCCGUGGGGGGACACCCGGGCAUGGGCGGGGCCGGUGGCGGCUCCUCGGGCGGUGGAGGUGGCGGCGGCGGUGAUUGCAUGACUCUGCCACGCAAUCUCAGUCUGGCGGCCGCAGGACGACACAAUCCCACGACAGAACUACAGCAAUAUCAACAGCAGCAGCAGCAACAACAGCAAUCGGGCAAACAUCAGGCAAAUGGAAAUGUUCUGACCGGAAUGCCGUCGCAUCAUAUACGCGGACCACGCCCACCGCUACGCACUGCCUCAUCAACGACCACCAACAGCAGCAGCAAUAACUCGGCCAUGGGCGUGGCCGGGGUCGGUGUGCUGCUGGAUCAAACCCCCUCCGGUGGCAGUAGCAGCAGUGGGGUAAGCAGUGCGCCCAGCUCCUCAAAGGGCCACCAUACCCACACGCACAAUCAUUCGGGUGUGCACCUGGUGCAUCAACAUGGUGGCGAGGGCAUUGUCAUGACCUCCUCCUCCGGCCAGGGUUUGGGCGGACAGCAGCAACAGCAGCAGCAAGUGCCACAGGCGGCCAUCGAUGAGAUGCGCGUCUGAUAGGUAUCGGUCUUUGAGUUGGACUUAUAGUCAUCAGAGGGCUCCAUAGAAACCCUGCGCGCGGAAACGCCCGAGGAGUUCUAUGAACCAAAGCAGGUGCCGCCCCAGCAGCAGGCCCUUGCCCCAGAUGACAGCCAACUCAAUGGGAUACCGACACUAG